UUUGCCAAUUACGCCCUUUCUCUCACCCAAAGCUCUUCGUGUCAUUACUUCGCCACCGCAUCCACCGGCCCUCUCUCUCUCUCUCUCCGCCCAUUCUCUCUCUCCUCUCCGGCGACCUCUGCCUUCUGGAUCACCGGCUCCGAUCUCCCCUCUCAACGAACCCUAGGUCUUCAACAACGAAGCAGCACCCCUCUUCCCCGCUCCGCGUUUCCUAAACCCUAACUCAAUCCAAUCCGCCAUCCCACUUUCCAUCUCCGACGCGCCGCUCGUUUAUUGAUUCAUCCUGCAUAUCCAGUAGGUUCUGGUUUGCAACUGACAUGAAUCUACAACAACCCGUACAGUCCAAACCUUCUGCUAAUGGUUUUGGACGUCGGAGAGGCGACAGGGAUGUAGGAUCUAAGUUUGAGAAUAAAUUUCAGUCUGGAAAAUCAAACCCCAACAGAUUAACUAAUACAAGAGCAGUAGCUGGCAGCAAAGAUGGAAGUUUUGGGAGUACCUCAAAUGAUCGAUUAGUGUAUUUAACUGCAUGUUUUAUUGGGCAUCAUGUAGAAGUCCAGGUUAAAAACGGAUCUAUAUAUAGUGGAAUAUUCCACUCAACCAAUGCUGAAAAAGAUUUUGGAAUUAUAUUAAAAAUGGCACGCUUGACAAAGGAUACUUCUUCUUCACGGGGGCAGAAAACCAUUGGAGACUCUUUGAAUAAGGCACCUUCGAAGACUUUAGUAAUACCAGCUAAGGAUCUUGUGCAAGUUAUAGCCAAGGAUGUGACGGUUACGAAGGAUGGACUGGCAAAUGAAGUUCAUCAAGAAAAACAAGAGGAACUUUUGAUAGACUCUUUUAUCUCACAAUCACGUAAUGUUGAGGCAGAAAGAGAAUUGAAACCAUGGAUACCUGAUGAUGAUGAUCCUCAAUUUCCUGAAUUGGAUAACAUAUUUGAUGGCCCAUGGAAUAGGAGUUGGGAUCAGUUUGAAGCUAAUGAAAAACUUUUUGGAGUUAAAAGCACUUUUGAUGAAGAAAUUUAUACCACAAAGCUUGAGAGAGGUCCUCAGACAAGAGAGUUGGAAAAGGAAGCUUCAAGGAUAGCCAGAGAAAUAGAGGGUGAGGACACUGAAGAUCUUCAUUUAGCAGAGGAAAGAGGCAUUUACUUUCAUGAUAAGUUUGAUAUUGACGAGGAAACCAGAUUCUCUUCUGUAUUUCGUGGGAAGGUGGCUGAUGAUGGUGGAUAUGAUGAGAGUGAAGAUAUAUCAUUCAAUUCACGUAACACUGAAACCUUUGGGGGGUCGUCUGACACCGACAUUAGGUUUGCAGAUACAUUCUCUGGAAAAUGCAGUGAUGUAGCUUCUGUUUCAAGCUCAGCAUCCUUGGAUCAAACACAACCUGCCCAAACAAAUAUUGGUGUAGAUCUAUCCAGAUCUACUCCCAUUAAUCAUGCCAGACAGCUGGCAUCUGAAACCUCGUGCAAAAGUUGCCCUACUUUGGAAAUUGAAAGCAGGAUCCAGGACAACAAACAGCAUGGGGAGAAUGAUGCGGAGGAGUCUGUAGAAAAGGAGAGGCAGACAGUUAACGACUCUCAAUUUGCAAAAUUUGAUGAUUUGCAGCCGUUAAAAAAAGAUGGAUCUAGUGAAGGGAUAUUGCCGAACGUUGCCCCGCAUGCUCCAUCUCGUGCUCCAUCAAAGCAUAAUGAGAAUUUAAAUCCCCCUUCUGAGAUAUCUGAUGAUCAAGAAUCUGGGAAAUCUCGUGUAGAAGUUCAAAUUUUGAACUCUUGCAGACGACCUGGUAGUUCUGCAUCAUUGACUUCAGAUGGUGCUGCUGGUACUUCUUGUGGUCCUGCAUUAUCUCCUAGCUCAUCGAUGGGAUCACUAUCCUCUGAAAAAUCAACCCUUAAUCCUCGUUCUAAGGAAUUCAGACUCAAUCCUAAUGCAAAGAGUUUCACCCCAUCUCAAGCACCCGUUAGGCCACCUUCACCAGUAUCUGAUGGUUCGUUUUACUACCAGGGCAACAUGCCUGCAGUACCCCAUAUGCACGGGAUGACUUAUGGUGUUGGAUUUGGACCUACAUUUGCAGGUCACCAGCCUGUUGUAUUUAAUCCAAUGGUUGCACCGAUGCAGUCACCACAUGCAUAUGUUCAGCCAAAUGGACCACAAUAUGCACAACCCAUGCUUCUUGGCCAUCCAAGGCACGCCAUGUACAUGCCGGGCUACCAACCUGAUAUGCCAUACAAGGGGCGCGAGUAUUAGACGGUUGCCCUGAUGCUGCUGCCUGCAGUUUUACUCCUUCAUAUCGGAGGCAUUGCUUUGAACAGACUCGCACCGAAG